AUGGCUCACCAUGGCAAUCACCGCCACUCUCACAUCAGCAGGCUGAUCAAAGCCCGACAACACCGACAUCAAAUGGAGGCGCGGGAGGGGCAGACCAAGGCCAACAAUGAGAACGGCCCGGAUAGUUUGGUCGACUCGGAUCCCACACGGAAACCAUCUCUGCCAGUGCUUGAUGCGCUGGCGGGCGAGAGUGAAAUCUGCGAUCCACUGCAAAACGUGACCUGUCUGGAAGAUAUAGCGGACGUGAGCAUUUGGAAACGAGACUCGACCGAAACCGAUCACCAGGUGGUCGUCGAAACCGUCGUGGAGGUCGUUGAUGCCCAACAUCACACGCUUUGGCAAUCCACCGGGACUGAUCUGCCCAUGACCAUCUCCGACCCGUCGUUUGGCAUUAUCACCAUUUCACCCAGUUCGGUGUCUCCGGCGGAACCAUCCACCACGGUGGAACCAUCCACCACGGUGAACGGGGUUUCUGUUAUGCUUUCUAGCCAGCCACGAACAUCACAGUCUCUCGUAUCGCCUACGCGUUCCCCGACACCCGUGGCUGGGUCCAGCAGCUCUGCGUCGGCCAUCUCCACUCCACUCAUCGGAUCUGCCACUAUUGCGUCAGUGGCCAAGAGUACACCUUUGGCGCACAACAACUUCUCCUCGCCAAUCUCAGUCUCGAGCUCCGAGACACAUUCAUCACACACUUUUUCAUCAACGUCUACCACAACUGAGCUUUUCGGGGGUUCAGGAAACCCCGGCGGGAGUACGGGCAGCGAAUCAGGCACAUCCCCUAAUGACUCGUCAUCCGGAGGAUCUGGCUCGAUUAAUCCCACUACAUCAAAGAUUGUCGGCGGCGUUGUGGGCACGGUGGCCGGUAUCGCCGUGCUUUUUCUUCUUCUCUUCUACUACCUUCGCCGCCGAGGGUUCUUCCUCCGCAACAAGUCACCUGCACGUCUUGGCUCUCACGACGAAACCGCCGGAACGCGCGAGAUUAUCAGCAACGACUCGGUCUUCACGGCAUCGUACUUUGCGCCCGCUUUCAUGAACCGCUGGCGUAAUUCAGCGCAAACUACGCAGACCGACAGCACACGGAGUUCCAACCCUAGCGAGCGCGGCUUCCAGAAGAUCUCUGGCCGUAAAAUCCAAUCUGUUCUCACGUCCGGCGGCGACGGGUACGGCGGGGUGAGCCCUCCUGAGGACUCACCCACGCUUCCUCCUGGACUCUUCCCUCCCACGUCACCGCGUGCGUCGCCCUCCUCACAUGCUCCGCCACCAGCAAACCCGUUCAGCAGUCCACUGGACUCACACUACACGCGAGAAACAGAAGAACCCAGCGCGAGGGUACUGCGCCCCUCUCCCGCGCGCGACCCUGUCCCAGGCUCGGCGAAUGCCGCCAUGUCUAUGCCCAUAGCUGCGCAGCCCCAAAACGCGGCGACCCCAGUGGCUCCGCCGGCCGCUCAUCGAGCCGACGGAUUAGGCCGCAGCUUUCCCAGCUUUGAUGGGAGUCGGGGCAGCCGGUUCCAAGAGAGCUUGGACCUGUGA